AUGAGCAAGCGGUCUACGAAGAAGGCGAACCGCAAAUCCGUCGCGCGACAGAGCUCGUCAGAGUCGCUGCAGGACGACCAGGGUCAUGCGAACACGACGAGCACAAUGAAUGGAUUCGUUGAGCAUAGAAGGAAGCAUGCUUCCAUUGACACACCUUCUUCGGCCACACAUGCGGCGUCAUUGAUGGGACGGUCAAGCUUCACGCUGGACGAGCCGGUACCUCCCCUACAGAAUCCUGAAGAGGGACCGUCUGUAGGCUUCUUCGAGUUGUCCAAGAAGGAUCAGAGAAACUUCUUGCUGCUGGUUCUGCUCUACUUUUUGCAAGGCAUCCCGAUGGGAUUGGCCACGGGCUCUGUGCCAUUUCUCCUCAAGACUGUUGUUUCGUACUCCUCUAUUGGAGUGUUUUCGCUCGCUGCCUAUCCCUACUCCUUGAAACUCUUCUGGAGUCCAAUUGUAGACGCUGUCUGGACCCCGAGGCUUGGUAGGAGGAAAAGCUGGAUCCUGCCUAUCCAGACCAUCUCCGGGUUCUCUAUGAUAUGGCUUGGUUCGAGAGUGAACCAAAUGAUGGAGCUGGCUGGGCAUGAAGAUACAAACAGCAUCUGGGCCUUCACCUUCUGGUGGUUCGCUCUUGUGUUUCUGUGUGCUACUCAGGAUAUUGCUGUUGACGGCUGGGCGCUGACACUCCUUUCCGAAGAAAACCUCGCAUAUGCCUCCACAGCGCAGACAGUGGGUCUCACAGGUGGACAGUUUCUAUCGUACACCGUUUUCCUCGCAUUCAACUCGAAAGACUUUGCCAACAAGUGGUUCCGACCUGCCAAUGCGCCGCAAGAAGUCGGGCUCAUGACCCUGGAUGGAUAUCUCAAGUUCUGGGGCUGGACGUACCUGCUCGUUACCUUUGGACUGGCCAUCUUCAAGCGGGAGGAACGCACGAAGAACACGGAUGGCAUCAUGGAGGUGUAUCGGACCAUGUGGGGGAUCUUGAAGCUGAGGAACAUCCAGACGUUCAUCGUUGUGCACCUCAUUGCGAAGAUUGGCUUCCAGGCCAACGAUGCUGCGACCAGCUUGAAGCUGCUCGACAAGGGCUUCAGCCAGGAAGACCUUGCGCUUACGAUUCUCAUCGACUUUCCCAUUGAGCUGUCACUCGGCUACUACAUUGGAAAGUGGUGCCAGACGUACCCGCCGAUGCACAUCUGGUGUUGGGCGUUUGUGGGCAGGCUGGGUGCGGCUGCAUUUGCGCAGUUCGUCGUCUCCAUAUUCCCGUCUGGAGGCACGACGACCUGGUACCUGCUCCUCGUCAUCUGCGAACACGUGCUGUCGACAUUCAUGAACACGGUCAUGUUCGUUGCCGUGUCGGCGUUCCACGCGAAAAUCUCGGACCCAGUGAUCGGCGGGACGUACAUGACUCUGCUAGCCACCGUGUCGAAUCUAGGCGGGACGUUCCCGCGGUACUUUGUGCUCAAGUUCAUCGACAUCUUCACGGUGGCUACAUGCGAGCCGCCUCGGACGACGCCCAAACCCGAGACACUGAAGGGUGAGCUGGUGACGCAAGCGUUUUCAUGUGCGCUCGAGGCCGAUAAGCACCGAUGCCGCGACGGCGGAGGGUACUGCAACGUCACGACGGACGGCUACUACGUUAUGAAUGUGGUGUGCAUCAUCAUUGGAGUCGUGACAUUCUGGGGCUUCAUCAAGCCGGCUGUGAUGAAGAUUCAGGCGCUGCCUCUCCGGGCGUGGCGGUUGUCUGAGUGA